GGAUGCAUCGGAGAGCAACUUGGGGUUAGUAUCUUCCCCAAGGAUACUUGACAUGCAGACUGGAGGAGCCAGGGAUCGAACCACCAACCUUCCGAUCAGUAGGUGACCUGCUCUGCCUCCUACAGCCACCCAGGACAACAGGACAAAACUGCAAACGUGAACACAUUUCUUUCUCACUCUUAACUGAAGUCUUUCAUUGAACUACCAAAUAAACAAAUUGGUAUUCUCUCUGGCUAGACACGUGGCAGCACAUCUGCUAUAAUUUUGUUUGUAUUUAACAAAAUAAAAAUGCAGACAUAAGUGUACACAUUAGUUUUUGACUGCCAGUGAAAACUGUUUUCUUUACAAAUAACUCUUGCUGAGCUAACACAGCCAAUCCCUCAGCAUGUUUGUGCUCUCUGCUCAUAUUACCGUCAUAUUAAAUCAUUUUUGGGCUCAACAACAAACAAAUCCUCCCUAAGAAAAAAGUAACUUCAAGGGCCAAAUUGCAUCACAUCAAUAUACGAGCCACAAGUAGGGGUGACAUGGGCUGCAAGUGGCCCCCCAGGCCGUGAGUUUGAGACUCCUGCUCUACACAGUGGGGCCCAGACUAGAUUAAAAUCCAGGUCCUUCUUUUCUCCAAAUGUGUAGCUGUAAAAUGAUUGAAAUUAUCAAUAAAAUGAAAAUUUUAAUUGUUAAUUGAUCUAUGAAAUGUAUCUUUGUAUUUGUAGAGUUUGUUAACUUCUAGUUUGAUAGCUGGCAUCAAAAUUUGCACCCAAGCGCAGAGUUUCGCCGUUUUUAAAAACAGUAAUGUCAACAUAAUAAUGUUUCUUUUUUAAAAUGUCAGAUGGCCUUAAAAGGCUUUGACUGCCAGAAGGCAGAGGAGUUCAAAAUGAAAUUUCUGCAGUAUAAGGAGGAAAAACAUCUGCAGCACAACAGAGCAAAUGGCACUUGUGAUAUAACGGCUGUAUUUAUUUUUUGACCUGCUUGGUUGUUUUCUAAUUCCCAGUGAAUUAGAAAAUCUGAGAUAAACUCUAUAGCUCUGUUGCUUAGCUGCUGCGUUUUUUGUUGUGCUCAUCUGAAUGUAAACAUGUUUAGCAUUAACCUCUUUUCAGAGUUAUCACAACUCAUUUGAGUGUGUGGAUAUAAAAUCCAGAGGAGAUUGGGAUAUGAAGCAAAAACAAUUACAAAGAAUAUUAGGCAUCUGAAAAUGAUUUAGGGACUACCAAAUGAAACGCCGUGUCAAGGUAAGUAUUUACUUCCUGUCGACUCCUCUUUAGCUGCUAAAUCCUCCACAGGCUGGGCUCACAAGCUUUUUUUUUUCUUGCAGAGAGCUUCUGCUUGCAAUCAAAGGCAACCGUAGGAGUUCUCAACAAUGAGCCCAAAGCUGAUCUAAACUUGCAAAACCAGAGGAGGAGAUCCAGAGGGGAUUCGUUCUUCAGGGAGCUGGCUGACAAAUGGUUGACGCACCAAGAAGAGUCUAACAGAAGAGAAACCUGGUUCCUCCAAGUGCUUACCCACAGGAGAUCGAUUGUUGUGGUUUUCUCACUAACACUGUAGGGUCUUUACCCCACAACAUCAGCCACCUUGUUGUGAACUGGCACUAUACAAAUACAAGUGAUUUGCUGGGAUUCAAAACUUACUAUUGAGGCUUCCUCCAGACCAGCAGGUGGCGGUGUAGUUUUCAUGCAGAUAAGAAGCAGUAGAAUAAAAAGCAGAGGGAACUAAACAGGAAGUGGUGGAUGAGCAGCAGCACCCAUGCCUGCAGGAGCUGUUGGGAGCGAUGGAAGAUGCAGAGUUUGAGGAUAUUUUAGAUGACUGGUUUAUCGAGUCACUGAAAACGUACAAAGACCUUCAUGUGUAUCAGCUUGAACAUCCCACCCAGGUCCUCGAGUGGACGUCAGGGAAGAGCGUCUGUGUCGCAGGCUAUAGUCAGUCCAAAAAUGAAAUUUUAGAACUUCGCUUGCCGCUGAAACUUCUUGCUGAUGAAAAUAAGAGUCUCUGCGCAGAACGGGACUUUAAAGUUUCCCAUGGUGGUUUCACAGAUGGUCCGGUUCGCUGCCUCACACACAUCCCUGGAACAAGGUGUGCUGUGACCAACGACGGGCUGAGCUCCGACCUGCAGGUGUGGGACCUUGGAGGAGAAGAGAGCGAUGUGAUCAGGAGAACAGGAAGUAUUAAAGGGAAAAGGAGUGCUUCAGAGAGAGGCAGCAGGAUCGCAGCUCGACCCUCGUCAGCACCACAAGUUCUUCACGGAGCUCAGAUCAGCGACGUCCAGCUGACUGAACUCGCAUCAGGAGAGACUCUCUAUAAACUGGAGACAGACUCAGCAGAUCCUCUGAGUUCCUUACAGUUCGUGAGUGACACGGUUUUCCUCGCCGGCUGCUGUAACGGGAGUGUUUACGUUGCCGAUACUCGGACGUCUGCUCCUCCUCAGCUUUCACAUUCACCAUCUUCAGACGAGUCUGUCAUCUGGUGGACGGAUGCUGCUGCAGGUCCACAUCCGUCCAGCCGCAGGGUCAUCAGAGUCUCCUCGUCUGGACAGGCGGUGGUUUCAGACUUGAGAAAUCUGGGAGGGGCGGGGUGUCAGGCUCAGCUAGACGUCCAAACACCAGGCCGCUGCAGCCAGGUCAAAGUGUCGUGGGCUCCAACACUGGAUGACUGUAUCUCAGUGUCAGGUUUCAGUGGCGUUGUUCAGAUCUACAACACCUGUCUCUGGGGGGCGGAGCCGCAGGAGGCUCGACCGCUGUUUGAGCAUCGCGGUCACGCAGUUUCAUCACAGCAGACUGAUGACAGCGUUCCCACCGUCGUCACCUCCCACAUCUGGCACCCCGAGCGGCCGCGGACGCUUCUGUCUGCAGCCUCGGAUGGCUCCGUCCACGUCUGGGACUGGGUGGACCCCGAUCGACAGGGUGGGAGCCCAACACCAUGAACAAAGUGAAGGAUCGCCUGGGACGAGUAAGAUGAUAGAGCCAUGUUAUAAAUUACUGAGGCACUGCUCCACAAACUGAUGUGUCUCAGUAAAAAGGAUCAAUCGUCUUUUUAUGAUCAAACUGGAAUAUGGUUAAAGAAACAAUUUAGAAGGAAAACAAACUGAUGGAAAUGUGGAACUUGUUUCAUGAGAAUCAAACUGAUCUUUGCCUUUAAAUUACAGAAAAAUUGCUGGAAUGAAUUCACAGCUGUUGGCGGUGACUGCUCUCAUUUAGGAACAAAUUAAAGCAGAUGACUGUCGGGUUCGAUUACACAACAUAUUUGUACUGCAGUUUUUAUAAGGUGAUAAAUGUUUGUACCUCGGAUGGCUGGGCCAGAACUACAAAACGUGAAUUAUGUUUUCAUUAACUGUGUUGAUGCUGUAAAAGUGGCAUUUUGUUUACUUCUCAGUGCAAACGUGACCAACAAUCUGCUGUUUAGAGUCUGUCUUUUGGCCUUGCUUUAACCCAGGUACUGAGCAGCAGGACCCCUGCUUUUAAGCACUUAGAGCCCAGCACAUGAGUACCACAGGCCACCGAUAGCUCUCGAGAUGGACGACUGAAACAGUUGAAAGCUUUCUCCAUAGAUGUCUAAAGGUUGGCACUGACUCAGGACCACAUCCAGAUUUGGAUGGCUAUUUUUAAACCACUUUUUCACUUAAUUAGCUCUUGCAGAUAAACUGUUUUUAAAGAUCAUGAAAAACUGCAAACCUCGUUCCCUUUUUUUCCAGUCCUCAUUUUGGUUAGACGAUUUUACAGUCUGAUUAUUUCAGAUUUUAGUGAACUGACACUUGAAACGCGAGGUGGAGACCAUUUCCUCUGUUCAAGUUUCACUUCUGUCUUGCAUUUUGUUUAGUCUCUCUAAAUGACAUUUAUCUCAGCUACAACUUUCUGCAUUCGCUGGAAAAUACUGAGACUACAUGGGGGGGAAAAAAUAAAAAAUUAGGAAAGUGCAUCUCCCUUUUUAUAAAGAGUUCCAAAAUCUGAAAACAUCUGUGAGACGCCACAUCUGCGACGCAGCGAUGUAGCAAUAACAGUGAGUGAACUGUUGAGCACAGAUGAGGAUCCCGAGGCCAGAUUUUAGUUGAGUGAAGCAACUGCAGCUCAAGUCAGGAGAGUUUUUCAGAGUUACUCCUGACUCAUCUUUGUUUUCAUUUGCAGAAAAAUCGCAAUUUCCCGUUCAGAAUCAAGGCCAACCUUUUUAAUGAAUACAUUUUGUUAAAAUUAUAAUAUCAUUACAGCAGGACAAAUGAUCUUUAAACCUUUACACAGGAGGCCUUUCAGUAUUUACCGAAUAUGAAUGUGAUGAAGGUAAUAUAUAAAGGCAGAAACAACUAUUUGACUAGAAGUAUCAGACAAAUUGAGGUUACAGUUGCUGAACUAUAAAUUAGUUUCUAAAUUUAGAUGAAUUCCUAAAACCUUUUUCCUCCUGACUGCUCUAAAACCCACAUACCUGCUGAGCUCUCAUCAUUUGUUCCCCACUGAACUGAGUCCACUGUCUUUGUCUCUUUGUCCACAGAGUCAGUGGCCAAGGUGCCAAAUUACAAAAGAUCUGGACUGAGAAUCAGUGGCAACAGGAAGUUUUUGGUUCAAAUGCUUAUCAAUAUGUACAGAGGUGGUCAGGAGAGUGAGUGUCUGCAGCUAGCUGUAAAACACAGUUAAGGCUCUGUCGUGACUCGGGUCUGCUUUUUAGCCACUGUAAAUAUUGAUGGAAUUAAAACACCAGAUUCUAAUACACCAUCAAAUAAAAUCAAUUUUUUGGCAUGAAAAUGACCCCAAACACACUGCUAGUGCAGUAAAAGCAUAACUGAAUAGAGAACACAGCGGAUUCACGUCCUCAGCAUUAUUGAAGCAGUGUGGGAAAAGAAGAAAAGGCAGCUAACAUCUACAGAAGAGCUGGCCCACGGAGAUUCAGAUACUAUUCAUUUCAAAAGCCUGCUGAGAGAAAAUGCACAAAUAUUUUUCCAGAACGUUGGAAAACGUUUUCUCUUGCAGCGUUUCAAACAGAUUAAUGAGGAAAACCUCAGAGCAAUCAACAUGCCCUGAGCUAAUAGUCACGGGAGUCAGUCUCAGUCUUUUUUAAGAACUUCUGACUUUAGAAAUUUGCCUAAAGAUACCUUUUGAUCAUUAGAUUAUUUUUAUGACUAUAGAUUAUUUAUCUAAGGCAACGAUCCUAGAAAAUAUCCCCCAUCUGACUCCUCAGAGCCCCAAUUCCCUGAUGCUCUCCCACAGGCAAUAAAAUGAUUUUUCCCCUUUCCUUUUCCUUCUUUUCACCAGUGAACAUCAAAGAAAUGGAUACAAAAGCAGGCAAAACUUAAUUUCAUACUUUACUGCCUUCUUUCUUGCCCGUUGAACGCAUCAUUAGACUCCCCUCGGACACUAACGUCACCAAAUAAUGAAAAAUUGCAGCUCUGCCCCGAAGCGAACUCCAAUUUCCUCCUAAACCUUCGUGCCUUCCAUCAGUGCACUACUCGCCUCAGUCCCAGGUGAACAAAAAUCACAUUUUUAAAAACGCUACCCCUCUUUCUGUUCAAUCUUAAGCAUUAGUCAAACUAUUUUUUUUGUCCAGCUAGUUUCUUUGCCCUUUACAACAACUUAGAAACUCCCUCUUACCCAACAGAUGGCUCAUUCAAAGACAGCCGGCAUCAAAAUAAACCACGGAGCUGGCAGAUGAUUCAUUAAGGAUUCAUCUCCACUUUGCUUUCUGCCUCCAAAGUUGUACCAUACACUUGUCUCUUCUGGUAUCUUAGUGCCCCUGCUAAAGGUUUCAUUUCAUGACUUUCUCUACUCGACAGCGUGUGAGAGUAAAGCGUUUGUCUCUCUCUGUAAGCGGCAGAUCUCAGUGUCUCUGCUGCUUGACAUCUGAAUUCCUGUUAAUACUUUUCCCAGCAGCUCUUGAGCAUAUUGCAGUUUCAUAACCCAGAGGCAUGCUCUUUUUUUAAACUUCUAUCACUCCUCUGAUAAUAACAGCACUACCCACCCGAGGCUUUGGAGUGUGAAGACUCACAAUUAACGCUGAGGUUGUGGGACUGAUAGCAACAGGCUGAAGAGAAGCUGCAAUUUCAUCUAUUUGAUAUUGCUGGGACUUUUUUUUUUUUUUUUAAAUUCUCCAUUGAUGUAUCUACUGAAUAUAUGACAGUCCUAAUUGAUCAUUUGUCAUUCAUCAAGAAAAAAAAAACAAAUUCUUGUUCCAGCUUUUAAAAUAUGGUAAUUGCUUCUGGAUCAAGAUGUCAUCUUGAGAGCUGGGAUGUGCGAUUGGUGUUUUUCUGACAUUUGAAGCGAGUAAUUCACUUAUUUGUCACAAAUAUGGAAUAGCUUUAUCAAAAUCGAAGUGACUCAUUUCUUGCAGCCCUAAAAUUAUUCUCAAAUGUUGCUUGAAGGAUAUGUCAGGAGAUUUAAAGAUUUCCCUUUAACAAACUCCAAAUGCCUUAUAAAUAUAAAUAUAGUUGUAGGUGCCUUGGCCAAACUAAAUCUCUUAAAAUUACAGGUAUAAACAGAAUAACACAUAACGAAAGUUUGGCAGAAGAUUUGAGAAAUGCAGUUCUGAAAUUCUAAGUGAAUGAAUCUGCAUUACACCCAUGUUCAUCAUUGUUUCCAAGGAUACAAUGAAUAAAUAAUGCUGCACAGAUGCUCUAAAAACUGUUCAUUUUCAUUUCUUUCAUGUUU